AUGCAGUCCCCUGUAGAAAAGGCCUUGCAGAUGAUGACGGUGAAGCCGCCGUGCGGAUGCCUGUCGGCUGUGGUGUCAACUCCGGGAGUGCACGCGUACUGGUACGAGCUGACCAAGGGCGCAGAGUAUUUUGGUGCUGGGAAGCUGCUGGGGAAAACAACUCCGAUAGGAGCGACGGAGUGUGCGGUGGUGCUGCGAUACCUUGGAUUUCGAGCUGGUUUGUUCGAUUUUACCUUCCCGAGUCCGGAGACUGGAUGCCAUGACACCAUCCUUGAGUUCUGCAAGAGGUGGUUCCUGUCUGAUGAAAGUUGUCGCUUUCCUCUAUACCUACAGUACGGGACUAGCGGGGAUCAGCCCGGAGGCUCCUUGCUUGUCCUCGGCAUCUACCGCUCCUCCGCCUUCCAGAGCACGCGCACCGAGUCUCUCACAUCGGUACGAGCCGCAAGGGACCAGGAGGGCGUGCGCAGGAGGAGGCUGAGAGAGGAGGAGAGGAGGAGGGAGGCGCUGUUGGACUGGUCGUCCCGCCAUGCUGCGGACGGCAGGUCUCCGAGCCUCGAGGACGAGGAGGAGCUGCAAGUGGAGGAGGAAGAGUCGUCCCUCGCGCUGACGUAG